AUGGUAACUAAAAUGCCAGAAGGAGAAACAGAGCCAGUAUCACUUGUGACAAUCAAAGAGCCAGUUGAUUUAAUUCGUCUUAGUGUAGAUGAAAGAAUCUAUGUUAAGAUGCGCCAUGACCGAGAAUUACGUGGUCGGCUUCAUGCUUUUGAUCAGCAUUUAAACAUGGUGUUAGGAGAAGCUGAAGAGACUAUUACUACAAUUGAAGUUGAUGAAGAAACAUUUGAAGAAGUAUAUAAGACUACUAAACGUACUAUACCUAUGUUGUUUGUUAGAGGAGAUGGUGUUAUACUUGUAUCUCCUCCUUCUACUACAUCAUAA